AUGUACUGCCACGCUUGCUGGUUAUUUGCUGAUUUUAAAGCUGAAAAUUAUAGCAUAGAAUGGUCUGAUACCUCUGCAGGAGUUUAUAAGUGGAAAAAAGGCAUGGAAAAAAUUGUUAAACACGAAACUUCUCACCAGCAUCAAAAUGCAAUACGCCAAUAUUUGCUUACUAAAUAUCGUAUUUCAAAUGAUAAAACUGUUAUAUCUGGUUUAAUUAGCCAAGAGUGUCGCCAAGUAGAAACGAAUAGAGAAGUUUUUAAACGAAUGAUAGACGUAACGUUGUUCUUAGCAAAGCAAGGUUUAUCAUUUAGAGGACACAGAGAACAUCAACAUUGCAAAAUGGGUAGUAAAGGUACAGCUAACAACGCUGGCAAUUUUCUUGAACUGUUAACUCUAUUAUCUAAAUAUGAUCUUACUUUGGACAAUCAUCUUAGGUAUGAAAAGAGAAAUCAACUGCAUUUAAGUCAUGAUGUGCAAAAUGAUUUAAUUCAAUCGCUUGCUUCUGAAAUUUCAUCCACAAUCAACAAUAAAAUGUCAGUUUCGUUACGAAUGGUUUUAAAAUCAGGUGAUGUUGUGGAAAGAUUCAUAGGCUUCUAUACUUUCAAAAACAGCAACGCUGAAGCAUUUGCUGAGUUAACUUUAUCUGAGCUUGAAAAACGAAACAUUGAUAAUAAACUCUUUAGAGGAAAAGCAAAGGAUGGUGCUUCUGUAAUGUCUGGAAUUAAAAGUGGUUUUCAAACUUGGAUAAAAGCGCUUUCACCAAAUGCCACCUAUGUUCAUUGUUGUGCUCAUGUUUUAAAUUUAGUGACCAUCGAAGCAAUGUCUGUAAACAGCGAUGUCUAG